UCUGUAACCUUCCUGUUGAGCAGGCCAUGGCCUUUAUGCCGACUACUCCAUCAGUUUCUCCUAUACUUGAGAAUUUAACAUACAUUACAGAAGAAACUCCAAUUAGUCCACCACCAUUUGGAGGCUCUCCUUUUGGUGGAUAUCCAUCUCUGCAACAGUGGAACGAAUCUUUUGAUAUAAAAAAGUCCAUGAGUGUACACUGUGGGAUUAAUGAUGUUGAUAUUCUUGAAAUGGAGGAAUGCCGUGGAAUAGUUGUUGCAUCAGCUGUAUUUGGAAACUAUGACAUAAUACAACAGCCAAGAAAUAUUAAUGAGGCUGCAAAGAGAAAUGCUUGCUUUUAUAUGUUUGUGGAUGAAGAGAUGGAAGCAUAUAUAAAGAAUUCUAGUGCACUUGACAGCACUAACAGGGUGGGACUAUGGAGAGUUGUUGACGAUUCUCCAUGUGUGAGAUCUGUGGCUGCUUUGUCAAUUUCAGUUUUGAAACUUCUGCUGAAAGGUGUGUUUUAGAAUCUAAAGGUCAUAUAGUGAGUGAACACAUCUACAACUAUGAAGGUAUGCUUUAGAAUCUAAAGGUUAUAUAUAGUGUUAAAAACUAGUGGAUGGCUUGGAAAAUUCAGAGAAGUUAUAUUAAAUUCAGAUUUGAUAGUAUAAUACACCCAAAGUUUUUGUAGUUAUGGCUGCAUCUCUCCUUGCAGUUAAUUUCUGAGUGCAAGAGCUAACUGAUUGUUAACCAGGUAUGAUUGCCCAGACCAUGUGAAUCCUGCAGAAUAUUUGGCCGAUCUCAUAUCAGUUGACUAUAGUUCUGCUGAAAGUGUCUAUUCUUCUCAAAAGAGGAUUGAUGACCUUGUUGAGGCAUUCUCACAGAACACAUCAAAUAUUCUAUAUGCAAGUCCAAUUACCAAAAAUGAGGCCUUGAAGAUCCCAACAAAGUUUGGCAGGAAAUCCCAACAAAGAGGAUUGAUGGCCAAU